UAGGAGUUAGAGUGGAUAGUUUCUACUCCACACAAUGUCGCGUAUAGUAUCAGCGUAUAUUUUCCAGGUAGUUUGUGAGCAUGGAGGAAGUUUGGAUUUUAAAACUUUGGAUCAGAUCUUACAGAAACAUUUCACGGUGUUAGAUGAAGUGCUUCGAGAAGCUUUCUGUGAUGUGGACAGGCUGUUGGUGGUGGAAGGCCAUGAAAAAAGAUCAGACAAUAAAGUCUCCAGUGCUGACACUGUGAUCAUCACUAAAACACCACUGAGAGUUUGUCAGAUGCCCCAUGGCCAGUGUGCUGGCUGCCAAACUCUGCACCUUUGCAGGUAUUUGGUUUGCGGGAACUGCAGGUACAGGGAAAAAUGCAAAAACUCCCAUGCCUUGGAUUCCUCUCAUAACUCAGCCCUCCUGAUGAAAGUGGGACUCCAGCACCUUAGACAGUCUGCACUUUUCCAGUUAUUGCUGCAGAAUGACCCCUACCUCCUGCCUGAGGUUUGCACCCACUAUAAUAAGGGGAAUGGAGAACACGGAGGCUGUAGGUAUCAGGCAUCCUGCACCAACCUGCACAUCUGCCAGCACUUCCUCCAGGAUAAUUGUCAAUUUGGUGCUGACUGCAAAAGAGCUCAUUCAUUUGAUGCCACUGCUAUGAAAAUUCUUCAUGGCCGAGGACUCAGCCCAAAAAACAUCGACAAUUUCCACAAGUUUUACAAAAACAGGUUUUUGAUCUGCUCUUAUAAAGAAAAACCACCUGGUCCACAUUAUCUGGCUAAAACAGUUAAUCCUGGAACAGUAUCUUUAGCUGCUGGAGAAAGUCCAAAGCCUGCAAAUGAACCUGACCCGAAUGAGAUUUGCCUUUUCUUCAUUCGCAGAUGUUGCAGCUUUAAAGAGAAGUGUGUCCGUGUUCAUUACCACUUGCCAUAUAAAUGGCAAGUUUUAGAUAAAAAUGGACAGACAUGGAAAGACUUCCCGAAUGGAGAAGCAAUUGAGAGAGCCUUUUGUAAUCCAGCUAAUGAAGUAAGUCCAGGGCCUGAGAUUGUUAACUUCAUCUCCAUGACAUGUGGAGGGAAAAAGGUUCGCCGUCUGUCCACAGCAUCAUCUGUUACAAAACCCCCUAACUUCAUCCUGACCACUGAGUGGCUCUGGUACUGGAAAAAUGAAAAAGAAGAAUGGGUCGAAUAUGGACAGGAGGUGGAUACAGAGCUGACCACUCCUCUCACCUCCCAGACACUAGAGAACAUUUACCAGUCGGAUCCGCAGAGUCAAAUCCCUGUCAGUUCUGAGAAACAUAUGGACAUGCUGUACUUGAGCGGCAUGUAUCAGCAAAACAUUCUGUACCAAACAAAAAGAGAGAUUCGGAGGAGGCCACGAUUUGUUUCUGCUCUCGAGGUUGAGAGCAAGCUGAAAAGUGAAAGCUCCAUCUCCAGCACCGUGGCAAUUCCUGCACACUGGGAUAGAGGAGCUUUACCCAACUUCUCAUACAAGCUGGUUCCCCUGUCUAGGACAGAGGCUGAAUUCCUCAAGUUAGAGAAGCUCUUUAAACAGACCAUGCCAAAAUACAACAUUAUCAGCAUUGAGAGGAGCCAGAACAGCUCUCUAUGGAAGGUUUUCCAAUGGCAGAAAGAGCAGAUGAAGGAGCAGAAUGGAGGGAGAGAUGUAGAUGAGAGACUCUUGUUUCACGGCACGCAGCGGUCUCAAAUUGAGGCCAUCUGUGAGCAGAGCUUUGACUGGAGGAUUUGUGGGGUGAAUCACGCAUUAUAUGGAAAAGGAAGUUAUUUUGCCAGAGAUGCCUCCUACUCUGAUCAACACUCUCAGUCUACAGACAGCAGCAAAAAGAUGUUUGUGGCAAGGGUUUUGGUGGGACACUACACUAAUGGCCACAGCACUUUACUCUUUCCUCCUCGUAAAACCAUGGGUAAAGGCUUCUAUGACAGCUGUGUGGACAACUGCAGCGAUCCAAGCAUUUUUGUCAUCUUUGAGAAGUACCAGAUUUACCCUGAAUUCAUUAUAGAAUAUGCUCCUGAGAAGUCCAAAUGUUUCAUCUCAUCUCAUCAUCUCUAGCCGCUUUAUCCUUCUACAGGGUCGCAGGCAAGCUGGAGCCUAUCCCAGCUGACUACGGGUGAAAGGCGGGGUACACCCUGGACAAGUCGCCAGGUCAUCACAGGGCUGACACAGAGACACAGACAACCAUUCACACUCACAUUCACAUCUACGGUCAAUUUAGAGUCACCAGUUAACCUAACCUGCAUGUCUUUGGACUGUGGGGGAAACCGGAGCACCCGGAGGAAACCCACGCGGACACGGGGAGAACAUGCAAACUCCGCACAGGAAGGCCCUCGCCGGCCACGGGGCUCGAACCCGGACCUUCUUGCUGUGAGGCGACAGCGCUAACCACUACACCACCGUGCCGCCCGUCCAAAUGGUUGACUUCCUAAAUAUCUGUACAGUAUCAUAUUAUAUUAGAUUUAAAGUACGGAAUAUACAGUAAAGGACAAUGAAGUAAAAUAAUGAAGGAAUUAAAAUUAAAAUCCUAUUCAGUGCACGUUUAGCUGCCCUAUUGUAGAUGUGAAAUGGAUGUUAGCGACCAAUGUGAUUUCAUGUGAUUUAAGAGCAUAUGUACAGAUGCAUUUGUGCUGUAAAGAUUUAGGAAGAUGAAUGACUGACUCAGUGAAUAUUAUACCUUUUUCCUGUUGGGAUGAUAAGCUUUUGCAAGAAAAACACUUUGGAUUGUGUCAUAAACUUGGUUUCUGUUGUGAAUUUUAUUUGCCCUGAUGAGUUUACUAAGCAAAAAACAGUUAUGCCCUCAUUGUACUUUGUCUCCUGGUUAUAUAUGUUUAAAACUUGACUCCAAAAUUUUUAUUUUAAUGCAUACGAAAGAGUUUUGGGCUUUUAUGUAUGCAUUUAUAGCUAGAGGGUUAUUUUUAGAGAUCAAAAUGAAGAUCAAUUGGGGAUGGUUAUUGUAUAAGUACAACUUUUUCAGUGUUUGAAUUUAAUAUCAAAAUUAAAGAUAAAUAAAGACAUCCAUUUCUGUCAAAA